AUGAACUCAACAGGCAAACCCCUGACGGUUGCCAUUUCGUCAACCGCAUUAUUUGAUCUGACAGAGUCUAAUGACAUCUACGUUGAACAGGGUCUGGAAGCGUAUCGGCGCUAUCAGAUCGCCCAGGAAGACGCUAUCCUGGAACGCGGAGACGGUUACUACCUGGUUGAAAAACUCCUAAAUAUCAAUAAGUUACUCGAAAAACCUAGAGUGGAAAUCAUUCUUCUUUCGCGUAAUUCAGCAGACACUGGUCUGCGUGUGUUCAACUCCAUUCGCGCAUACGACCUGAGCAUCACACGUGCCGCUUUCUGCGGCGGGCAAUCUCCUUAUCGUUACAUCAACGCAUUUCAGUGUGACCUGUUUCUGUCGACCUACGCUGAAGAUGUUCGCCAGGCCCUGGAACAGAAUGUGGCCGCCGCUCAACUCAUGGGCCGCUACCGGGGGCACAACCCUAAUCGGGCAAGUUCAGAGCUGAAACUGGCUUUUGACGGUGAUUCAGUGCUGUUCUCUGAUGAAGCGGAGCAGAUUUAUCAGAGUGAUGGUCUGGCGGCAUUCAGCGCGUCGGAACACAGCCAGGCUCAGGAGCCGCUGGGCGGAGGACCAUUUAAAGCCUUUCUCGCCGCCCUGCACGAACUGCAGAAGGAAUUCCCGGAAGGCGCUAAUCCGAUACGCACAGCCCUGGUCACAGCGCGCAGCGCGCCGGCACACGAGCGGGUUAUUCGAACCCUCAGAGAUUGGGACAUACGCCUGGACGAGUCUCUGUUUCUCGGAGGCAUGGAUAAGACCCAGUUCCUGCAGGCUUUUGAAGCUGACAUUUUCUUUGAUGACCAAUCCGCCCAUUGUGAACGCGCCGCCGAUUAUGUGGCCACCGGCCAUGUCCCGCAUGGGGGUCUGAUGAAGUUGCAGCAGUUACGGUAUAUCUGGGAGGUUGCCCAUCACGACCUGAACGUGUCCGCCACCGCCCAGAGUCUGUUCACAUCACAACCGGGUAUCAGCAAACAGAUACGUCUGCUGGAGGACGAACUUGACGUCGAGAUAUUCGCUCGCAGCGGCAAACAUCUCACCCAUGUCACUCAGGUUGGCGAAGAAAUCAUUGCCAUGGCGGGCAACAUUCUGCGUCAGGCAAACGCCAUCAAGCAGGUUGCCCAGGAAUACUCCAACGAAAAAGAGGGCAGCCUGUCGAUUGCAACCACGCACACCCAGGCACGUUACGCGUUACCACCCGUCAUCCGCGAGUUCAGACAGACUUACCCGGAUGUCAGUUUGCACAUGAAUCAGGGGUCCCCGGAGCAGAUAUCAGAAUUGGCCGCAUCCGGGGAAGUUGAUUUUGCCAUCGCCACCGAAGGGCUCGAACUGUUUCACGAUCUGAUCAUGAUGCCUUGUUAUCGAUGGAAUAGAGCCGUUGUUGUACCAAAGGACCACCCCCUGUGCGCAGAUUCGGUUCUGACCCUGGAGGCCCUCGCGCGCCAUCCAAUUGUGACUUACGUGUUUGGUUUUACCGGCCGCUCAAAACUGGACGAUGCAUUCAACCAGGCCGGACUGACCGCUAACGUCGUGUUUACAGCCACCGACACGGACGUUAUCAAAACCUAUGUGCGGCUUGGGCUGGGCGUAGGUAUAGAGGCUUUACAGAAAACCACCCGGGACAUUCCGGUUUACGAUGACCUCAUGCAGUACCGCCUGAAUAUCCUCGCGGAGCACGAUAUCAAGCUGUCCGCCAUUGAAGCCGAAAUCGACAAACUGGACCCUUUACCUGGCGCCAAAGCGUUCCUCGAUUGGGCGCGAACACACUUCCAGGUUGCUAUCAUCUCGGAUACUUUUUACGAAUUUGCCGGGCCUUUAAUGGCAAAACUCAAUCAGCCUAUGCUGCUUUGCCACAAACUCGACAUCGUCGACGACCGAAUUCAGAAUUACCAGAGAUUCGUUUAA